AUGGGAGGAAGAAAAAGAACCUUUAAAGUCAUUAAAAAAUCAAAACCAAUGAAACCAAGAGCAUAUUUUGAUUGUGCUGUUUGUGGAUGGAAAGAUUGUAUAAUAAUAAAAAUGUAUAUACAAAUAUUACUUAUCUUUAUAGUAAAAAGUGUUAUAAAACAGCUAAAUUAGAAUGUGAAAGAUGUGAAACUAAAUUUCAAAUGAAAGUACGAUCUUUAGAUGAACCUAUUGAUAUAUAUCACGAAUGGCUUCAUAAAUUAAAAAAUAAAUCUAUUACACCAUAUCCAAAUAGAAUGCAAGAUGAAUAUGAUGAUUCUGGUGAAGAUGCAAAUGAAAAUGAUGUUGAAUGUAAUACUUUUAUAUAUAGUUAUUUAGAAUUGUUAAAAAAUCAAAAUUUUAAACAAAAUAAAAGAAAGAGAAUUAAAAAAAAUGCAUCAGAUGAAGAAAAUACAUCUAAUAAACCCUCUGAUUCAGAAGAUCCUCUUGAUGAUCAUUAAGACAUUUCUGAAGAUUCAUUAUUAAAUAAAUAAAAAGUAGAAGAUAAUAUAGAACAAGAUCAAGAAGAUGAAAAAGAAGAUCAAGAAGAUGAAAAAGAGGAUUCUCAAGAUGAAUCCUAUAAUAUUAAAGAAUAAUACAAAAAAAAAAGAGGUAAAAAAAAAUGA